AGUAUAGUGUAAAAUCUUUUAUCAUCAGGUUAAGAAAAAGAAAAAAAGAAAAAAGUGAACAAAACUCCAACGAGAUUUCCUUUCAACGCUAUCCAUUUUCAUAUCUCCAUUCCAUCAGCAAUGGAGAUUGCCGCCGUAGCCUUACCAACUGUUAAUCCAGCUCAAUUUAGGCCUCUUUCAGCUAAUUUCGCCGCCGGCUCAGUUUCAGCUCUCGGUUUCUCUCCCUCCACCAGUCGGAAAUCUUCGCUCGCGCGAGCCAGGACUUUGCUUAUUAGGGCUUCCCUUGCUGUCGAGCAGCAGGCCGAGACUAAAGCUGCCGUGAUCAGAAUCGGAACUAGGGGGAGUCCACUGGCCCUCGCCCAAGCUUAUGAAACUCGAGAUAAGUUGAUUGGGUCGCAUCCUCAGUUAGCUGAAUCGGGAGCAAUUCAAAUUGUGGUCAUCAAGACAACUGGGGACAAAAUUCUAACUCAGCCACUUGCAGAUAUUGGUGGAAAGGGUUUAUUCACUAAAGAGAUAGAUGAGGCACUCAUUAACAGUGAUAUCGAUAUAGCUGUCCACUCGAUGAAAGAUGUCCCCACAUAUCUUCCCAAAAACACAAUGAUACCUUGCAAUCUCCCAAGGGAGGAUGUCCGGGAUGCUUUUAUUUGCUUGACUGCGGCAUCUCUGGCUGAGCUUCCUGCAGGAAGCACUGUGGGCACAGCUUCGCUGAGAAGGAAGUCACAACUUCUUAAUAGAUAUCCAUCACUUAAGGUACUGGAGAAUUUUCGAGGUAAUGUACAGACAAGAUUGAAAAAAUUAAAUGAAGGGGUGGUCCAAGCAACAUUAUUGGCAUUAGCUGGAUUGAAGCGCCUAAACAUGACAGAAAAUGUUACAUCCAUUCUAUCCAUUGAUGACAUGCUCCCUGCUGUAGCUCAAGGGGCUAUAGGAAUUGCAUGUAGAAGUGAUGAUGAAAAGAUGGCUACUUAUUUGGCAGCCUUGAAUCAUGAGGAUACCAGAUUAGCAGUUGCGUGUGAGAGAGCAUUCCUAGAGAAAUUGGAUGGAUCUUGCCGUACUCCAAUAGCUGGGUACGCCUGUCGUGAUGAGGAUGGAAACUGUAUUUUCAGAGGACUGGUGGCAUCUCCUGAUGGAAUCCAAGUACUUGAGACCUCUAGAAGAGGUCCUUAUGCUUUUGAUGAUAUGGUAAAGAUGGGUAAAGAUGCUGGUGAGGAGCUUCUUUCUCAAGCUGGUCCUAAUUUCUUUGACCGAUGAGUAGUCAAGUAGUUAUUUAGAGAGAGAGAGAUCUGAAUCACGUAUUCACUUAGGCCCUUCAUCAAGUUGUUCAAGCCCUAGUAAAGAUGACUUUUUGUUUGUACGAUGGGUAGCAUCUUGUUAUUCUUGGUUGGAAUUUUUGGUUGACGGUGAGCUAAAAUGCAUUUGAGUUUUUUGUUGUAGAAUAUUCCAACAUUCACGUUAUUGAAAAGUAUGAUCUCAUGUUGCUGGCCAGUGGCCAGUUUGCCUUUUGGGAAAUGAAAUUUUAUGUGAUAUUAGUAUUUGAACA